AUGGCAAUGCGGAGGCUGCUUCAGGGGGUCGUUCUGCCGCGGGCGACGGGCCGGUGCGUCGGGGCGUCCUCCUUCUCCACGUCCACGGAGGCCAUCCGCGCGACCCUCUUUCCCGGCGAUGGCAUCGGGCCGGAGAUCGCCGAGUCGGUGAAGCAGGUGAUCAACGUUGCAGGCGUGCCAAUUGAAUGGGAAGAGCAUUAUGUGGGCACGGAGGUUGAUCCCAGAACACAGAGCUUCUUGACAUGGGAAAGCCUGGAGUCGGUGCGCAGGAACAAGGUUGGCUUGAAAGGCCCCAUGGCCACACCCAUCGGAAAAGGCCACCGUUCGCUGAAUCUCACGCUGAGGAAGGAGCUUGGGCUCUACGCCAAUGUCAGGCCUUGCAACAGCCUCCCGGGGUACAAGACCAGAUACGAUGAUGUGAACCUGGUGACAAUCCGUGAAAACACUGAAGGGGAGUACAGCGGCCUCGAGCAUCAGGUCGUGAAGGGCGUCGUUGAAAGCCUGAAGAUCAUCACCCGCCAGGCGAGCCUGAGGGUCGCGGAGUACGCCUUCCACUACGCCAAGGCCAACGGCAGGGAGAGGGUCUCGGCGAUACACAAGGCCAACAUCAUGAGGAAGACAGACGGGCUCUUCCUCCAGUGCUGCCGCGAGGUGGCCGCCAAGUACCCUGAGAUCAAGUACGAGGAGGUCGUCAUCGACAACUGCUGCAUGGAGCUCGUCAAGGACCCUGGCACGUAUGAUGUGCUGGUGAUGCCGAAUCUGUACGGCGACAUUAUCAGUGAUCUGUCCGCUGGUUUGAUCGGAGGCCUGGGCUUGACUCCGAGCUGCAACAUUGGUGAAGGCGGCAUUUGUCUGGCAGAGGCUGUUCAUGGCUCUGCCCCUGAUAUCUCGGGCAAGAACCUCGCAAACCCGACUGCUCUUAUGCUGAGUGCUGUCAUGAUGCUGCGCCACCUGCGUUUCAACGACCAGGCAGACCGCAUCCACAAUGCCAUCCUCCGCACCAUCGCCGACGGCAAGUACAGGACGGCUGAUCUUGGUGGCAAGUCGUCGACAUCAGACUACACAAAAGCAGUUUGCGGUCAUAUCUGA